AUGAAGUUCACACUCACACGCCGGUGCUUGGUACUCUUCAUCUUUCUAAAUCACCCAACCCCAGUUCUUCCUGCUACUUCAAAUGACACCUAUCCUCCCAAUAUGGAGUCCGAGCCAUUUCUGUACGUCCUAGGACGAAAGAAAAUGUCAGAUGCUCAGUACAAAUGCUAUGACCGCAUGCAGCAGUUACCCCCAUACCAAGGAGAAGGUCCAUAUUGCAACCGCACCUGGGAUGGAUGGCUGUGCUGGGAUGAUACACCGGCUGGAGUAUUAUCCCAUCAGUACUGCCCAGAUUAUUUUCCAGACUUUGAUCCAUCAGAAAAGGUUACAAAAUACUGUGAUGAAAAAGGGGAUUGGUAUAAACAUCCUGAGAACAAUCGAACCUGGUCCAACUAUACUAUGUGUAAUGCUUUCACUCCUGAGAAACUGAAGAAUGCAUAUGUUCUGUACUACUUGGCUAUUGUGGGCCAUUCUUUGUCGAUUUUCACCUUGGUGAUUUCGCUGGGGAUUUUCGUGUUUUUCAAGAGCCUUGGCUGCCAAAGGGUGACUCUGCACAAGAACAUGUUUCUGACUUACAUUCUGAAUUCUAUGAUUAUCAUCAUCCACUUGGUUGAAGUAGUACCCAAUGGAGAGCUCGUGAGAAGGGAUCCGCUGAGCUGCAAGAUUUUGCAUUUUUUUCACCAGUACAUGAUGGCAUGCAAUUAUUUCUGGAUGCUCUGUGAAGGAAUCUAUCUGCACACACUCAUUGUGGUGGCCGUGUUCACUGAGGAGCAACACCUGCGGUGGUAUUAUCUCUUGGGCUGGGGGUUCCCACUGGUGCCAACCACUAUCCAUGCGAUUACUAGGGCGCUGUACUUCAAUGACAACUGCUGGCUGAGUGUGGAAACCCAUUUGCUAUAUAUCAUCCAUGGCCCCGUCAUGGCAGCACUGGUGGUCAAUUUCUUCUUCCUGCUCAACAUCGUCCGCGUGCUCGUGAGCAAAAUGAGGGAAACCCAGGAAGCCGAAUCCCACAUGUACCUGAAGGCGGUGAGGGCCACUCUGAUCCUGGUGCCCCUGCUGGGGAUCCAGUUUGUCGUCUUUCCCUGGAGGCCUUCGAACAAGAUGCUUGGGAAGAUAUACGAUUACCUGAUGCACUCUCUGAUUCAUUUCCAGGGAUUCUUCGUCGCCGUGAUUUACUGCUUCUGCAACAAUGAGGUCCAAACCACUGUGAAACGUCAGUGGGCCCAGUUUAAAACCCAGUGGGACCAGCGCUGGGGGCGGCCGAACCCCCGGCGCUCCGCGGCCAGUGCCGCCGCCGCCGCCGCCGAGGCCGGGGACGUCCCGGUUUACAUCUGCCAUCAGGAGCCGAGGAACGAAGCCGCCAACAACCUGGGCGAGGAAGGUGCCGAGGUCAUCGCUCUGGAAAUCAUCGAGCAAGAGUCAUCCGCUUGA